UUAUAGUUAGGGCGUGUGUACAUAUUCACAUAUAUCAAAUUAUAUAUUUAUAUAAAAAAACCAGUCAUGAUAGAAUUCCAUUGUUGAUGAGUAUUUGUUAUGUUUAAUUUAGUAAAGGUGUAAUAUUGCAAUUAAAAUUUUAAAAAAUGGAUCAUAUCAGUAUGCGUUUUUUGUUAGUUUCAAUUUUAUUAUUAAAUUGCGUUUAUCUAUCUACCCAAAAUGAAAAUGCUUGUCGAAUACCAGAAGUGGUCAGAGGCGCGUGGUUUUCUUGGGAAAAUGGUAGAAAUACUCGGACAGAAAUAAAUGCUGAUAGUAUGACAGAAAGAGGACAAUGUAUUUUUAUGCAUGAAAAUCAAAGAUUGAAUUAUACAUUUAUAUUUCAAAAAGAUACAUGUUAUCACUGUGUAAAACUUAUUGUCAGGACAAUUAAUGUCUUAGAGAAAUUAGAAUUGAACUGCGUUAAUUUACCUGCUGGCGUAGAGCCGUCUGUAGAAAAUGUAUGCCGAGGAUUAAGAGGCGACCAGCAACUAAUUACAUUAUUUUCUGAAAACUACAAACCUGUUAAUUGUAGAUCAUCGCUUGAAGGUGUAUGGCAGUUUGCUUAUCAGAACCGAUUCAGAUUUACUGGAGAAUGUGAUCAUCCAGACGCCCAAAUAAAAUCAUGUCAAACAGCUGGAUCACAAUUUUUAAUAACAAAUCAAAAAUUUAAUAUUACAUAUAAAAAAUGUAGCAACAUGAAAGGAACCUUUGAUGGAGUGGUCGAAUACAGUUGUCUGGGUGAUUGGUUUGUUGGAAAAAAUCAUUUUUUCGCAGUUGCUAAUACAAAGGAGUCACGUAAAGAUGAAAAGUAUCGUUGUUUCUUGAAAAAUCGUGAAGACGAUUUGUAUAUAGGAGUAUCAAUUACCGCUGAGUGCAAUACACUGAACACUGUCGAAAAAAGUCCUGAAAGAUUACAUAUUACUCCGGUGAAAGCUGAAGUUGUGAUGCCAGGCUGUCAUUUACCACAGAAUAUGUCGGGAGAUUGGAUAAAUACUGCCAAUAAUGACGCCGAUGUAUUCAUUAAUGAAACUCAUAUAAUUGAAGAAUGGCAUCCUGAUGAAGGACGUUACAGAAGAACGAUUUACGUUUGUCAAGAACAACGUGAUUCAAGAAUAAUGAUGGCUCGUCUCACUGUUGACGGAUGUCAAAAAGAUUACGUAUGCUUUGAUUUCAUACCACGACAUCAAAAUAUUAUAAGAUUCAGAAAAGGAUUAGCAGUUAUUAAAAGUAACUUUCAUACUGUUUGUUCAUGGGUACAAUUUCCAAACAGAGUAAAGUGGAAGUAUGAUUUACUCUUAGCUAAAAAUCCUACUGCUGUAAGAUGUCCAGUAGCUGGAAAGUUUCAGUUCAAUCAGUUCGGAGACAUUCCAUUUGAAACGCGAAUUCUGGGCGGUGUCACGCUUGCACCUCGACCUAAUACUUAUUGUAAACAAAAUAUAUCUGAUUUUUCAGUGUGCGAUACAGAUCAAAAGGAAAUCGCAAUAGAUGAAAAUUAUUGUCUAUCUGUAGAUCAUUUAGGACGUCCGGUUGAUAUUUACAGUGAUCCCGAUUAUAAAAUGAAAUGUAUUGGUUACUAUAAAGAAAAUUUAAAAUCAUAUCUUAUUACAUUUGAUGAAUUGGAUCCCUACAGCAAAUAUCGCUGCUGGGUUUAUCAAAGAGCUGAACUUAAUAGAAUUUUGAUGUCCCAAGCGGUCGGUCCGUAUUGCUCAGUAAAUCAAACUGUUAAAAGUUAUAAUUGGACUGAAGGAGCUGCUGUUGCGAUAGACAUGACGGAAUAUGAACGUGAACGUGAUCAAUGUCCGAUGUUGUUUGAUGAUGGUACAAAUCCUUGGUUGUUCAGUGAAAGUCAUAUAAGAAUUUUCCGAUUUGGAAGUUCCGCUGGUUCUAAUAGUCCACCUAUGCUGUCUUUUUUCACUUUACUACUCAUAAGUUAUAUUUUUAAACAAUAAUUUAGUAGAUAUUAACUAUCACUAAGUACUUAGUUAAAAUUUACCAAUAGUAAAAAUUGUAAUAGAUAUUAAUUUAUCUAAUGAUUUUUUUUAAAUUCAAAAAGUGAUUCGAGCAGCUGAACAACGGACAUAUUACUUUCAUAUAAAUUUAAAUUUUAUGCACAGAAAAAAAAGUUGUCUUCAGUGGAGAAAAUAUUUUAGGAGACAAAUGUUUUUGCGAAUCAAGUUAAGGUUUUCUUGAGCUAACUCUGAUUAAGAAAAAUUACUUGAAAAGAUUCAAAACAAUUCGAAUUGACUAAUAUACACAUCGGCUGCCCAAUUUCAAAACACAGUAACUGAAAAAAAUAAAGUUUUUGAAACAUGUAUUGAAUCAUGUUCACAAGACUCCACUGGAACUAAAAAUACUAAAAUAUUUAUUUUUAAAAAUUUGUCCCUUACUGUUUUUUGAAAUUGGGCAGCUGAGAUAUACUCUUAGCAUGGAGUAGAUCAUUUUGCUUAAUGUUUUUUUUUCUCUUUUCUUUAUCCAAGAAAA